AUGGAUACUGUCACAGUCAGACUGGCAAAGGCAAAAGACGCACCGCUUCUACUAGCUGUGGAGCGCUCAGCGGCCCAAGUGUUUCUACAACUCCCGGAUCUUGCAUGGAUCGCCAAUGACAGUGUACAAUCGGAGGAGCGACACCUGGAGCUAAUCGAGCGCGGGGCUGCAUGGGUCGCCGUUACUCCUGAAGACAUACCGAUUGGGUUUCUCAAUGGCAAGUUGAUGGACCAGGAUCUCCAUAUAAAGGAAAUUUCGGUUCAAUUCGAUUACCAGGGCAAAGGAAUUGGCCGGAAGAUGAUGAGAGCAGCGAGGGAAUGGGCGGUAUCUCACGGCUGCCUAUCUAUUACCCUAACCACCUUCCGAGAUGUUCCCUGGAAUGAAGGAUUUUAUAGGUCUUUGGGCUUCACGACUUUGAAGUCCUCUGAAUUGACCACAUCACUGAAGAACGUUAUGAAGGAAGAGGCCGAUGCCGGGUUACCUAUCGAACGGAGAUGUGCCAUGUGUUUGCGCCUAUUAUGA